CCUCAACCGUAAAUUCCAAGAAAGAUUGUGGUCACCUAUCUUUUAUCACCUCCACACACGGCUUCUUCUUCUUCGUCUGCUCCGAAAACUCAAAACGGCAGAAGCAACCUUAAAGAAAUGGCUUGUGCAACCUUAACGGUGUCGUUCGGUUUCAGAGUCACUUCCACAUUAUGCCCUCCUCCUUCGGCUCGCGCCUCUCGCGGCCUUUCGGUUCAACUCGCUCCAUUCAACAAGUUGAGCUCCCUUAGACUCAGUUCCUGGCACAGCGUUUCUGGGUUCGGCUCGGUUCUUCCUCAGAAGCUCUGCACAAUCGCUCCCCUCACUCACAGGCUUCGCUCUCUCACCAUUGUCUCUGCCAAAGGCUACAAAAGGAAGACCCACAAGGCUUCAGCGAAGCGAUUCAGGGUGACCGGUAGAGGAAAAAUAGUUCGGAGGAGAGCAGGAAAGCAACAUUUGCUGUACAAGAAGAACUCCAAGAGGAAAUUACGACUCUCAAAAAUGCAUGCAGUCAGCCGGAGUGACUAUGACAACGUGAUUGGUGCCCUGCCAUAUCUGAAAGUAAAUAGAAAGGCUGAGUAGACAUGAUGUCUAAAUUUUUCGAGGGGGACCUAUCUGGUCUGUAUCAUGUUUGAUUACUCACAUUUAUGCAAAAGGCAAGUGUUUUGAAUCUUGAUUGUAUCCUCCCCAAGUUUAGGGUAGUUGGAUUUUCAUACCCUGGAAUUUCCAUACCUCAAUUGUUAUAAUCAUAUUAAAGGCUCUC